AUGACAUUUGUUGAAAGUAAUUGGAUAGUACAAAAAUUUGGUGGGACCUCUGUGGGUAAAUUCCCAGAACAAAUAGUCAACGAAAUUAUUAAAGUGUAUACUACAAAGUACGACAAGGAUGUAGCUGUUGUAUGUUCUGCAAGAUCAAGUUAUACUAAAGCAGAGGGGACCACUUCGAGAUUAUUAAAAGCAGGCGAGUUAGCAUCACAAGCGCAUGCCUCCAUCGAGGAAGAGGAAGCUGCAGUUGAGGAAGAUUAUGCAUUAAUUUCUCGUAAUUUAGAUAGUGAAGAGGAUAUACGUGAAGAGGCUAAGAACGUUAAACACAUUAGGAAUUUACUAGAAUUAGUAAGGAAAGAUCAUGUGGAAAAUGCCAAAUUAAAGAUCAAAAACAAUGAAAUACAAGAACAAUUGAUUCAAGAUACCAAUAAGGAAUUAGACUUGGUUGAAAAAUAUGUCAAUGCUUCACAAAUUUUAGGUGAAGUCAGUUCAAGAACUAUGGACUUAAUCAUGUCUUGCGGUGAAAAACUAAGUUGUUUAUUCAUGGCCGCUUUGUGCAAUGAUAACAAUGUUCCAGCUAGGUAUAUCGAUCUAAGUCACAUUAUCCCAAGCGAUUAUGAUCUGAAGGGGAACACUGCAUUGGACAAUAGCUUUUAUACAUUUUUAACAGUUGCUCUAAGAGAAAAAAUGUCACCAAUUGUAAAUGGCAAUCAUCGUGUUGUUCCAAUUAUUACUGGGUAUUUUGGCCAAGUACCAUUAGGGUUACUAAAUAGUGUUGGUAGAGGAUAUACUGACCUAUGUGCCGCUUUAAUUGCAGUUGCAAUUGAUGCAGAUGAAUUACAAGUUUGGAAGGAAGUUGAUGGUAUUUUUACUGCAGAUCCAAGAAAAGUUCCCGAAGCUAGGUUGUUAAGCAUGGUUACUCCAGAUGAAGCUGCUGAAUUGACUUAUUAUGGGAGUGAAGUUAUUCACCCAUUUACUAUGGAGCAAGUCAUUCGAGCUAAAAUUCCAAUUAGAAUCAAAAAUGUUUCCAAUCCAACUGGUGAUGGUACCAUUAUUUACCCUGAUAAUGUUGGGAAAAAGGGCGAGGCUACUCCACCCCAUCCACCCGCAUUACUUUCUUCUUCCUUUUAUGAAACUCAAACCAAAAAGACAAGAAGAGCUACUGCCAUUACUUCCAAAAAUGAUAUUGUUGUAUUAAAUAUACAUUCUAACAAGAAGACUUUAAGUCACGGGUUUUUGGCUCAAAUUUUUUCUAUCUUGGAUAAUUACAAGUUGGUGGUUGACUUGAUUUCCACUUCUGAAGUUCAUGUUUCCAUGGCUUUACCUGUUCCGGAUUCGACUAGUUCGAAAAACCUAAAGACCGCUGUUGCAGAAUUGAAAAAGCUGGGGAGUGUUGACGUUUUGAAAAACAUGAGCAUCAUUUCUCUUGUUGGUAAGCAAAUGAAACAAUUUAUUGGCAUUGCCGGGACUAUGUUUACCACUUUGGCUGAAAGUGGAAUAAAUAUUGAAAUGAUUUCUCAAGGUUCAAACGAAAUUAAUAUUAGCUGUGUUAUUGAAAAAUGCGAUAGCAUUAAAGCUUUACGAGCUAUUCAUAAUAAACUGCUAAGCGAUAAUCGUAACUACAAUACUAAUGACCAGAGUGCGAUUAAUAAUGGUAUUGAGGUAAAUGCUGUCAACGAAAAGCUUGAACAAAUAAAAAAUUUAAGAAUCUAA